GGACGAUGGCUCACGUGUGUGCACGUGUUGAAAUACUAAUAAAAUUCUCCUAACCAUCUUAAUGUCACAUCUAAAAAGAGCAUUUUUAGAUGUGACAAUCUUAAAUACAAGAUUGAACUACCGAAUAUCGUUCAUAAAAAAUAAUGAAUUGCCAUUCGGCAGGCGUCACUAAUCCAUUUUACAUGUCGCGAUAAUGCAGGCGUUAGAACUAAUUUUAUUUCAGCGAUAUGUUACGUGUGGGGAGCAACUGGUUUAUGAAAAGGUCGACAAGUUUGAACACAGUGACCAAUGCUUUUUACAGUCGAAAUAGUUGAAACUUUCUCCCGUCUGUCAGUCAUGUCGAGGAAAGAUCGAACAAUGAGUUAACAUGUUCCGAAGUCCAAUUAGGAAUUCUGAAAUGCUGAAAGCCUAAAAGGAAGGCGAGCUUAUUCUUAGUGGACUGGUUAGUCAAUACUAAACGUAUCAAGUGCCUUAAUUAAUUCUUCCUCAAAUUGUACAUAUACAAUCUAGUCACGUACAAGUAUCUAAUUGUACUUAAAACUGAGAUGGAUUUUCUGAGCGAUUAUCUGGAAACUAACUCUGGCCGAGACAAAAUAUUCAGGCUUCUGUCGUACACGGCAAAAUUGACCACCGUAUGUACCUCGUCCAAGGAUACAGAGAGAAAACUCAAGACCUUUGGAAGUCAGAUGAGCGAAUGUAGAGUAAUGUUACGCCUAUUGGACGAUAUUCCAGCGCUUCAAGAGAUCAUGAGUUAUGGGUGGGGAAAGCAGGAAUCUGACUGGUUGAUCAGAUGCUGUCAGUUGAUGCAACAUGCAGUUGGCGUUGUUUACGCCCCCAUAGAGCAUAUCGCCUGGGCUGGCCAGCACAAAAUCGUGUCAAUUACUAACGAUAAAUGGGACCUUGUUACAACUAUAUUUUGGAUCAUUUCCUUACAACUGUCUAUAGUGAAGUCACUGAGGAUGCUCCAGGGACUUCAACAGCGCAAAACAAAUUUGGCGAACAAUAAUUCUAACAAAUGUAUGAUUGAAGAAAUCAACAAGAAACGGUUGGACGUGCUGUUAUCGUGCAUACGCUACACACUGGACUUUGUUUAUGCAGUUCAUUAUUUACCGCCAAACGUGCUUUGGGGUGGCCGUUUCAAAACGUGGCAAGUUGGAGCAUUUGGCACAAUAUCUUCAUGUAUCGGACUUUAUCAGUCUUUUUCAUCCAUUCAAUAAUCUGUUCAAUAAUUGAAAUGACCAGGUGGAAAGUUACUGAUAAUAGAUAUAUGUCUUAUUGUUAACUUUAUUGUAAAGAAGGUGGGUGUGAGAGGGAUAUUGUGAGGGGGUAUUUUAUGUAAUAUAAUAUUAAAUCAUAUUUUGGUUA